GUCAACGUCAAAAUUAGUGUCACUGUCAUAUCACAGGAUGGCACCAGCAGUGCUCAGUAUUGACUACUGUCUGUCAAGUUCCUGAUUACCUGUUUCGUUAGUUUAUUUUAAUCUAUAUUUCCAUCUUCUCUUCUGUACAGUAAUAUCUAUUAUUAAUAAUAAUCAAGACGGAUGCUUCUAUCACCUGUGCACUUUGGGUUUUUUUAAAUGGCAGUUGGCUUUGAAAUGUAAUGGGGUGUUUACACAGCAAAAAGGAAACUUCAGAUUUGCAUCCCAAUGUGUUUCGCGUUGUAAAUAUUGACGAAAAUGGUGCCGAUUUAUGCUCUGGUCAGUUAGAGAUUACAGAGUCUGAUAUUAUUUUGUAUAGAGAAGGCAGAGACUCUACAGUGUGGCCUUUACAUUCAUUGAGAAGAUAUGGAUUUGAAGGGGACAUAUUCAGCUUUGAAUCAGGUAGAAGAUGUGAGACUGGAGAAGGAAUAUAUGCAUUUAGGUGUCGAAGAGCAUCUUUAUUAUUUCGCACACUACAGCAACAAAUUCAAUUAAGAAAUGUAAUUCAUGAUUCUGUACCAUAUCCUGUAUCAAGAUUAACUCCUUCACCACAAGGCAGGCAAACAUUGCAGGCAAGUGUAGUGCAUCGUUCUUCUAUAGAUAAUGGCCAGCCAGAUAAUACACGACCAGUAAUGAACAAUAAUUUACCAAGCAUUAUACCAAAUGCACAAGUAGCAAGAAAUGUUUCUCAGUCACCUAGAUCACCGUCAAGUGCAGAUAUUUUGGAAGUGAUGCCUCUAUAUCCACGAUCUCAAUCCAGUACAAAUCAAGUCACCAAUGUAUAUCAAUUAAGAGAUUUUAAGAGGGAACCCAAUAACAAUCAGGGUGAAAGUGCGCUGGAGAGCCGACCUCCUGAUAACAGGCAUGUUUAUUCAAAUGAUAUCAAUCGAGAUUUAGCAAUCUUGCGUAAUACACUGCGGCAGGAAACUGCCUUGAACACAAUGAGGGAUAUUGAAGAUGAAACCAGAUUCCUUGAAAGUCGAUAUAUGAAUGAUAAUAGUUCCAAUAAACAACUUAACAGUCCUUUGUCCCCAACACUGAGUAACUCUAGUGAACAUUAUGCACAAUUGAGUUUAGAACAACAACAACAACAACAGUAUCAACAACAACAACAGUAUCAACAACAACAGCUACUGCUGCUGCAGCAGGAAUCUGCCAGGCUGUAUAUGAACAUUGUCCCUAUUGAUUCUAACCUACCAGAUGUUAGUAAGAAUGAUACAGUCCCUACUACUCCAUUAACUCCUAAACAAGUAGAAUAUUGCAAUUUAACUGUGGGAAAUAAACCAGAGAUAUUAAAUACAUAUGCAAACUUGUCUCUAGGUGAUCUGGGUGAAAAUGUAAAAAAUGCCAAACAAAUAUUAAGUUUCUCUGCACCAAGUGAACACAACCAAAAAUUUUCCGAGUCUGAUACAUUUACAUCCAUGUCACCAGUAGAAGAACUGGAAGUUAACUACGCGAUAUUGGAUAUUGACUCUAAUAAGGAAAUCGUUAAGAUGACGCGAGAUUUAACUUCGCCGGAGAGCCAGUCCUUCAGCAGUUCAAAAAAUGAAAGUGUCGCUUCAUGUUCAUCUCAGCCUCGCGGUCGUCUCGUAUCACAGUGCAGUGUUGAAAAAGUGAACCUUGCUAACAACUCCACGGCUGCACCGUCAGCUGCCAUAGGAUACACUACUAUUGAUUUUGAUAAAACAGUUGCAUUGACAUCCGUAGCUGCUGGAGCAGAUUGUGAUGGAGACGGUACUCGGAAAACCAGGCAUAAUUCAUGUAAUAUUAUUUGCGGAAGUCCAGCCACAAAUGACAAAAAUAAAGUAAAUAGUUAAAAAUGUAAGGGCUACAUACAUUUUAUGGACUAAUUGGAAUACUACUAUCCAGCUGCAUGAGUUCAAUUUAUUUUCUAUUUGUGUAUACAAAUAGAUUUGCAUAUUUUUAUUUUCUGGUGUGACUAAUUUGUUUUUGUAUAUAAAUAUCCAUUACAUAUAUGUAUAGUAUAUAUAUAUAUAUAUAUAUAUAUAUAAGGGUGCAAAAUAUUCUUUUAUGAAAAUCAAUUAGUGGAGGUAAUUGAAAAUGCCUCAUAAAUGAUGUACGGUCGGCCUAAGCAUUGACAUUAAACAUGCUUGACUAGUAGAUUUAUUAAAGGAUAGUGGAGAUUUUGACAUAACUUAUGAGCUGGUAAACUGUUAUUUAAAAUUAAUUCAAGAGUAUAAUAAAAGAUAGCAACAACCCAUGGUAAGUUGACAGUGCUUUUUGCAGUCACAAGUGUGCUGAGAAAUAUUGUAGUGGAUAUAUGUAUUUAAACACAUUCACUAAAAAACCUAAAAUGACAGAAUAUUCAUGCCUGGAAAUUAAAAAAUAUGGUUAUGUUUAUAUGUAAGUAUGUACUUUGUAUUUAUUUAGUAUGAUAUCUAAAUAACAUAAAUUAUAAGUUAGGCAGUCCCCUAUAAUAGGUAAUAUAAUCAUAUAAAUGGAAUUUUGCUAUGAAUGUAUACUUACAUGUCUUUAAUGUUCAACAAUAAUGUGUUCAGUGCACACAUUUAUUUCUAGUUCCUGCUUACAAGUGAACAUGUUGCAUUUAAUUGCCAAAGUAAGUUUAUUCAAAAAUACUAAUUCUAUGUAGCCAGUUAUUGAUACAAUUAAAUAAUGUGUAUGUGCAUCUUAGUGAAACAGAUCCAAAUUGUUUAUUGUUACAUAAUAGAUUAAUACUAAUCAGAUAUACAAUAACAAUGUAUGACUUAGAAUAAACCAAAGCAAGUACUUUUAUGUAUAAAAAAAUGCCAUUGUGCAAGUGUAAUAAGUGGCUGUUGUAUUAAUAUUAAACCUCCAUUGUAAUUGAUCUCUAUUCUUUAUCAAACACUACAUUAAGAGGCUGUGGAGGCUGGCAAAGAUUUACCAUAUCUAGACCACAGGAAUUCUCAACAUAUAAAAAUCUAAACCAAGAUGUAUCACCUAUUUUUAGAGGCUAAUAAAGAUAGUAUAAUUAUUUUUUGAUGUAUGUAGUGGUGAUAAUGGUCAACAAUGUAUUUAGUGAUUAAUAAAAUGUGCGAUUUGAGAUUAUUGACGAAUUAGUUGUAAUAGUAGAUUAGGUGCUUUAUCUGUCUAAAUAUAAAGUCGAAAAGGGGUGUAAAUAUUACGUAAUAAGUAAAAAUAUGUGUCAUGUAGUUGUUGAUCUUUGUGUAGGGCAAAUGGCAGGCUGGUUUUAA